AUGAAAACCUUCAUCGCCCUUUUCGCCCUCUUUUCCACCCUCCCCUUCGCCAUCGGCAACCCCAUCAUCAGCCCCCCAGCACUUGAGCAACGCCAGGCCGGCAAACCAGCCGACAUAAUGGCAAAUCUCUACACCCAAAUCCAAGCCUUCACAGGGCAGAUCAAUUCCACACUUGACACCAUCAACGCCGGCACCACCACCGCCCAAAACACCACCGCGCAAGCCACGAUCAAAGACCUCACAGCGCAGAUCGGAACGGUAGGCCAAGCAGCAAAAUCGCAACUCGAAGCCGUGGGCAAGCGAAACGUGCAGAGAUAUACAGCGGGCGAUCAAGAGGUCAUCGCGGGGUAUAUGGUUAAUAUCUACUACGAGAUUUCUGGGUGUUAUAGUCGAGUGAAGUUCUGUUAUGGUGAUUCUUUCCUCGGCGGGAUUCUCUCCCCAAUCAUCCAGGUUUUGAUGGGUGUCUUCCAAGUCGUCGACAGAGUUGUCAGCGGCGUGCUUUUCAUCGCCGGCAAUGCACUUGCGGGGGUAUUCGCCGUUGUCGGUGGGGUCCUGGGAUUGCUUCUGAAAUUGCUGUUUGGCAAGUGGUGA